CUUCCCAGCUUCCCCUUCACUUGUUUAAGUGGCAAGUGGAACCGCGAAACCUAAAUCACCUAACAAGCCAUCAUCGUAAUUCAUAGCGUUUCUGUCUCCAUCCCCCAUUCGCAGCCAGCAGAUACCAGUCGCCAGAUUCCUCCUCCGUUCACCUAACCCUCACAACCCCCAUCACUUUCCUCCUCUCUCUUUUUCGCCGUCUUAUUCUAUUGAUUGGAUUUUCAGCUUUCCUCAAUCCACCUCCAAAAAUCCUUGCUUUUCUCUCAAUUCUCUCCCGCACCCAUUACUCAACAAUGAAUCUCCUCCAUCCCCAUUUCGCCAAAACGUGUUCUUUCCCCCGCCGAGCGCUCCUAUUCUGAUUGAAACUCAUGGGGCAGGGAGCUCGAUUGGGACAUUCUGUAACACAAGCCUUUUAACUUAUAUGGUCAACGACCGUCAUCACUAAUAAGGGGACAGGGGGAUUUUGAGUGAUGGGCAAGCGAGGGAUUCAGUUGUUUGAUGAUAAAGGCGGCAGCUUUCUUUCAAUCUCCGGGUUGGGUUCUUCUCCGUGGAGCCAGGAGGAAGAUGUUGGUCAGUGCUUUCCCGGUGGGGCCGGCGGCCUUUUCGCGAGCGUCAAUCAGAUGGGGAUGGGGUCCAAUGGGAACGGUGGUGGAGGUAUAAAAUCUGUUUACAAUGAUUUGUAUGAGAAGUAUUUGUCAUUUGUGGGAGUUAAUGGUGAGGAGGAACGCGAGAUGGGAAAGAAGAAGAAGAGGAAAGGAUGGCUUCAAUUGAAGAUUAAGGUGAGGAAUCCUUCUUUGAGAAGGUUGAUCAGUGGUGGGAUUGCUGGGGCUGUAUCUAGAACCGCUGUUGCUCCUUUGGAGACUAUAAGAACGCAUUUGAUGGUUGGGAGCAGUGGGCAUUCGAGCAGUGAGGUGUUCCAGAAUAUAAUGCAGCAUGAUGGCUGGACUGGUCUGUUUAGGGGAAACUUGGUUAAUGUGAUCCGUGUUGCGCCGAGCAAGGCGAUUGAAUUAUUUGCAUAUGACACUGUCAAUAAGAAGCUAUCCGCUGCACCAGGAGAGCAGCCUAAGCUUCCAAUUCCAGCCUCGUUGGUUGCCGGAGCAUGCGCUGGAGUGACCUCAACUCUCUGUACUUAUCCUCUGGAGCUAGUCAAGACUCGACUAACCAUACAGAGAGGUGUAUACAAAGGCAUAUUAGACGCAUUCAUGAAAAUAAUGAGCGAAGAAGGCCCCGGCGAGCUCUACCGAGGCCUAGCUCCGAGCCUCAUCGGAGUUGUUCCUUAUGCCGCAACGAAUUACUUUGCUUACGACUCACUGCGGAAGGCAUACAGGAAGCUUGCAAAGCAAGAGAAGAUUGGCAACAUUGAGACCCUGUUGAUUGGAUCAGCAGCUGGUGCUAUAUCAAGCAGUGCCACUUUCCCACUUGAGGUGGCUCGCAAGCAUAUGCAGGUAGGAGCCCUAAGUGGGAGGCAAGUGUACAGGGACGUGCUACAUGCCUUAGCAAGCAUACUUGAGAAAGAAGGUGUUAAGGGCCUGUACAAAGGGUUAGGGCCAAGCUGCAUGAAGCUUGUCCCGGCUGCUGGGAUAUCGUUCAUGUGUUACGAGGCUUGCAAGCGGAUUCUUGUGGAGGGUGACCAAGAAGCAUAGAAAGUGCUGAAAGAGCAUUUUUAUUUGGAUUUCAUUUAUUCUCAUAAGCAGUUUUGUUCUUGUCCUUUUUACCUUGGGA